UUACACUCCUGCGCCACCUGCUGGACAUCUGGAGGUGAACAGGCGGAAUGAGCUGAAUCAGCCUUUUCUCCUAACCACCUGACCUAAAGUCAUAUGACCGGCUGAGCAGAGACUGGGCUGUGGCAGAACAAGUGAAGUUUAGAGGCAGGGCUGCCGAAAUUAAUCCAUUAGCAUGAAGCUCAUUAUUCUAGACGAUUAUGAUCAAGCCAGUGAGUGGGCAGCUAAAUACAUAAGAAAUCGCAUCAUCCAGUUUAAUCCGACCGCUGAUAAGUACUUUACUUUGGGGCUUCCGACAGGAAGCACCCCCCUAGGAUGCUACAAAAAACUAAUUGAGUACCAUAAAAAUGGAGAUCUGUCCUUCAAGUAUGUGAAAACAUUCAAUAUGGAUGAGUAUGUGGGCCUUCCCAGGGAGCACCCAGAGAGCUACUAUUCCUUCAUGUGGAACAACUUCUUCAAGCACAUUGACAUCAGCGCUGAGAACGCCCACAUCUUGGAUGGAAACACUGAAGACCUUCAGGCAGAGUGUGACCUGUUUGAAGAAAAGAUUCGGGCUGCUGGAGGGAUUGAACUGUUUGUUGGAGGUAUCGGUCCUGAUGGCCACAUAGCUUUCAAUGAGCCAGGGUCAAGUCUGGUCUCCAGGACCCGAGUGAAAACGUUGGCCAUGGACACUAUUCUGGCUAAUGCACGCUUCUUUGAUGGCAACCUCUCCAAAGUGCCAACAAUGGCCCUGACUGUGGGUGUGGGGACUGUUAUGGACUCCAAAGAAGUCAUGAUUCUCAUCACGGGAGCCCAUAAAGCCUUUGCUUUGUAUAAGGCAAUUGAGGAAGGUGUAAAUCACAUGUGGACAGUCUCUGCCUUCCAGCAGCACCCGAGCACGGUGUUUGUCUGCGACGAGGAUGCCACUCUGGAGCUUCGUGUGAAGACUGUAAAAUAUUUCAAAGGUCUGAUGCGUGUUCACAACAAACUGGUUGAUCCGCUGUACAGCAUGAAGGAGAAAUGGACGGAAACUGGGCGAAUUCCAAGGAAACCCUACAGCGACUGAACCACAAAGAGACUCUAUUCCCAUUGAAGUUGGACUGUGAAGAAGUAUAGGAAGAGCAGGCAGAGACUGGGAUGCUAUAAGCCUAUGUACUAGCAGAGUGCUGCUUGGGAUAAAUUUUUACACAUUACAUUACACUCUUUGUAUAAUCUAGACACUCCAUUGGAAUACUAAAUGUUUCUUACUCCAGGUUUUGUAUUAAAAGGCGUACAGCUUGGUA